AGCCGAAUACAACCCGAGGAAUCCGGAGAUGAUCGCGUGAAUUAUCUUCCUGGCGGCUUUAUGCAGGGUCAGGUCGCGGUGCCCUGUCGCGGCAAAAAUGGCGGCCCGUCUCAACGGGAGAGAGAGAGACGGCGAUUAUUGCGUUACACCUCGAGAAAGGGCAGGAAACCGGGACGGAGCGAGACGGCGAUAGGGCCUGCAGGAGGAAAAGAAAGGGACAACGGGAAAUUUAUGCGCCGACCUCUCCUCUCUUUCCUGGGCCCUAUGGAUACGUGUUUGCUUAGCACUUUUGGCCCGAGAGGAAACAAGCGUAGGAAGGCCCGUCUACCGUGGAGUUUACGACCGCGGAAUAAAUUAUCGCCGGUUUCGUGCAUCCAUUCGAAAUCGUACGUGUGUAUGCCAGCUCGAGGUGGUACGCUUAUUCGGAGCCUCUCGGAGGGUACAUAGGACGUGGUGUAAGCCGAGAGAGGUAUCGGUAUCUAGGCAUAGACGCAGGAAAUACGGCAGAGGUUACCUAUAAACAUGACCGAGAGGAUCGCAGCACUACGGGUGUCGGUCCUGUAUGCGUAUACGCAUGUGUGCACUCGAUGCAAGACUUACCAUGAGGAUAUUCCAGAUCGAAGCAUUCCAUCGUGGCCAGGGAAUAUGGUCCCAAAUUCUACCGCUGGACUUUUGUGGAAACAUGGGACAUUGUAAUAAGACAUGCGUGGCAGGAAUGGCGGAAAAGGUGCGCGACGCGGCGUCGCGCGGCGACGCCGCGCGUCUCGAGCGUCUCCUUGACGAUGGCGUCAAGCCAUUGCCCGACGAGCAUGGCCGCAAUCCCCUCCUCCUCGCCGCAGCCGGGGGCCACCAGGACGCCUGCAACGUCCUCCUGGCACGCGGGGCCGACGUCAACGCCGCCGACAAUUCGGGUGUCACCGCGUUGCAGAGGGCGGCUGCCGAGGGCCACUUCGAGGUGGUCGAGCUCCUCCUCGGACACGGAGCGGAUGUGGGUCGGCAAGACAGCGUUCACGGGAACUCUGCGUUGCACGAGGCCUCGUGGCGAGGGUACAGCCGGACAGUGGCCGCCCUGGCGAAGGCCCUAGGGACGCAACGAGCACCCCUGCACACGAGGAACCUGACCGGCUUCGCCCCGCUCCACCUGGCCUGCCAAAACGGGCACAACCAGAGCUGCAGGGAGCUUCUGCUGGCAGGCUGCAACCCGGACCUGAGGAACAACUACGGCGACACUCCCCUGCACACCUCGGCGCGUUACGGCCACGCGGGGGUGACGAGGAUCCUGAUCUCGGCGUUGUGCAGGGUCUCCGACCAGAACAAGAACGGCGACACGGCUCUGCACAUCGCAGCGGCCAUGGGGAGGCGGAAGCUGACGAGGAUCCUGCUGGAAGCAGGCUGCGACCGAUCCCUGCGGAACAAGCAGGCGGAAACGGCAAAGGACAUCGCCAAGAGGAAGAACCUGGCGGAGAUCCUGGAGAUAAUCGGGAAAGCGCGCAGCAGGAGUCGAGCGCGGAGCAAAAGUCGAGAGGAAGAGGCGCCCGACAGGGUGGACUUCGCGAUGGAGGGGAAGCCGGAGACGAAAUCCACGAAGGGGGAGAAGAAGCGGGAGAAAACGGGAAGCGGGACCAGCGGAAGCCGAGACGGAGGCUCGAAGAAGGAGAAGAAGAAGCCGAAGGUCGGGAAGCAGCACAAGGUGCACUUCGAGAAGGCCAUGAUGGGUCGGCAAUGGUCGCCCUACGGAUGCCAUUAUUACCCGGACCCCGAAGCCUUCCCCCAGCCGAGGUUGGACUCGCUUCCCCCCGCCCCCCUGGCAAGGGGGGAGCAGUACUACCUCGACCUGGCCGGCAACAUCAGGAAGGGCCCGGUCGGCGUGGGGUACACCUGCUACUGCGCGCCCUUCUUCAGGCACAUGGAGGCCAAGCUGGAGCGCGACAAGGCGGAACUAAAGGCGCACAUCGACCAGGCGCACGAAAGACUCGACCUGAAGGUCGCUAAUCUGGAACGCCGCACCAAGGGGCAGAUCUCGGACCUGUCCAGGUGCGUCGCCGCCGAGAGGUCGCGCUGCGACGAGAGACAUCUCCAUCUGGAGCAGUGGCUGUCGCGCGGCGCCAGGGGCAGGCACAGCGAGAGACCCUCCAGGUCGACCCUGGCAGGGGAUCAGCCUGCCAGGGCCCGGUCCCUGGAGGACCUCCUCGACGAGAAGCCUCUGGAUCGAAGCUUCGAAAUCCCUGGAGAGACCCCCGUCCAUAGGGGCAGUCUCGACGACCUGGAUAUUCCCGCCAUCCCCAGGCUCAGCAAGUCUCUCAGGGAACUCCCUUCUUCAGGGUCUGGCGUCUCCAGGCCGGUCCUCAGAGUCCUGGACGCCCCCGUUAGGCUGAACGAAACCUUCGACGGCGUUCUGGGAAGGGCGAGGGGGUCUCCUUCCGGGCUCGCCAACUCCCAGGGACUUGGGUCCAGGACGCAGGGAUUCCAGGGGAAGGGCUCGCUGUCCCACGACCUGGGCCCCUCGUGCCAGGACGAGCGCGGCGGGUCCGGGAAGAACGAGGAGGACUCGGACAACUGGCGCUCCUCGCCCGGUCGACGCAGCGUCCACGAGAUGAUCAAGCGGUUCCAGCAGGUCCCGGGGAUGCACAACGGAUGGAAGGGUGCUCGUCCUGGAAGCAGCGAGCCCACCAGUCCGGACCACAGCCAGUGUUCCCAAGGACAGAGGCUGCAGCCGCAGGGGGCCCUAGGAAACGGCUGGCACGCGGAAGGUAACGAGAGCGAGAGCAGCGAGGGCGAGGACGGCCCCGACCCCCAGGAGCAGCUGAACGGAAUCGCGCCCGGCAAGGGCGUGCCGGAGAACGUGCACUACGAGACCAUCGCCAGGAUGCCCUACAGGACGCGCAACACCGUCUACAGUCCGACGCCGCCACUGCACGACGCGCACAACGACUCCGGGUACAGCACGCGGAUGUACGGCUCCAGCAAGGGCGCUUCUCCCUCGCUAUCGGGUCAGUUAGAGUGCGACGUGAUCCUGCCGGCAUCUUCACACGGGGCGUUUCCGAACGGGGAACAGCUUGCCGCGCUCCUGGAACACCCCAGGGGUCACGACCUCACCGUGUACGAAAGAGGCGCCGAUAACGUUGUAAUUAAUAUAGGGACCGCGAGUCUCGUCUAGCGGGUCGAUACAAAUAAUAGAAAUGAUAGAAAUUAUAGAAACGACACAAAUGUCCACUGGUGCCCGGGAAUGCCUUCGAAGCUAAGCUUGUCACGUGUCAUAGCUAGUGGCAUGGAGCAUCCGCAGAGAAGGCAUCCACGUCCGCCAUAACUAGGAGGGUAAGGAAUUACCGUAGGGAUCUCCAAAGACGUCGUACUACCAAAUCAAACCCGACGCUUCCGUGUUCUCGAGGACGAGGUAUGUGGUAAUCGGAUUAGGGGGUUCUAAACCGAUUAAGCUAUCCUAGAAUGUUCCACGUGAAUAGGACCUCCAGCUGACUCGAUUUAUAAAAAACGGAUAUACGUGGGCGUGCGUGGGUCCUAAGUCGGAGAUGGGUACAAUUCUGAAGUCUGGUCAUACUUCAUGAGGUAUGAAAAUACAGGAUACUUCAUGAGGUAUGAAAAUACAGAAUACUUCAUGAGGUACAAAAAUACAGAAUACUUCACGAAAUGACAGAAAUAGUUGUCCCGUCCGGACGUAUCUGCGCUUGUAAAAAGGAUGAAUAAAAAUGAGCGAAGACUAUGAGACUGUAAA